AACCAACCAAUCGUUGACAAAGUAGGUAAAGGAAAGCGCGUUCCCGUCGGCAGCAGUGUUGCUCUACUACAGUGUGGAGAGCGCAUCUUGUGUUCAGCUUAUUUCUAUAAUACAGACCAACAGACACCUGCAAAAAUGUCCGAAGACAAGCCUAAGGAGGGAGUGAAAACCGAGAACGACCACAUCAAUCUGAAAGUGGCGGGGCAGGAUGGCUCGGUGGUCCAGUUCAAAAUUAAAAGGCACACGCCACUCAGCAAAUUAAUGAAAGCGUACUGUGAGAGACAGGGUUUGUCGAUAAGACAGAUUAGAUUUAGAUUUGACGGGCAACCAAUUAAUGAGACAGACACACCGGCGCAGUUGGAGAUGGAGGACGAGGACACGAUUGACGUAUUUCAACAGCAAACUGGCGGCUCCUGCUAAAACUCCACACCACCUGGACCCCACACUUAUCUAUUUUAUUCCUCAUGGUGUUUCAUUCUGAUGCUUUCACAUCGUUUCCCCUUCUCUUUCUCUCUUUGUCUCUCUUCUGUCAUCUCUAGCUUUCCUAGAGUGGCCAUCGCAAGUGUGUUUCCAGUAAUAUUUAUAUGCGCAAUGGUUAGACAGCUACUGUGGAGGGGGAACGUACUCUAGAAGGCUGCCAGAGGGCGUAGUUGUUCAGAAUAUCCACACCAGCCACCAAGCAGGGUUUUAUGUUGCUCCGAACACUGAUUUACUCAACAAGCCCGGGAACCAUUCACCCUCUCCAUAGUAUAUCCACCCAAUAAAAAGUGAGGAAGCAUAGUUUUUUUUUUUUUCCCUUCUUUUCCACCUUUCAGUUCUUAAGCGCUUUAAGUACGCCUGUUUCAAUUCUGAUUCUAUUUGCCUGUAUGUGUUGUAGAAAUAUGUUCAACCAGUGUUGUAUUCAUCUGCCUUUUAUUGGGGCCGCUUCUCGUACGAGCUCACUGUAGGGACGGGAUCUGUAAACGAGCGAUUAAAAAUGAAGAGACUGAUUACAUGAUGCAAAUUACAGUGAGCCUUUCUGGACCAAACCCCAAAGAUGGUACUCGAUUAGCAAAUAGUGGCAGGAUUACACCAACUUGUUCUGUGUUUAUACUUUUAAAUAUUUGUCGAAAUAUAUCCAUUUACCAAUCCUAUUUCCUCUUGAGUGCUGGUUGAGGAAACCGGAAUGAACUAAAAGACCAAUACAUCUUUUUCCUGUUCAUUUCCCCUUUUUUUUAAAUCCCAGAACAAUGACCAGGUCUUGAAGCAAGACAAAAGGGAAUCCUUUCAGGCUUUGUUGAGGCGAGGUAUCAGUCAUCGCUCACAAGGACUGGUCUGAUUUCUUCUAACAUCUCUUGCCCUCUCACUGUAAUUCAUAUGACAGAAAGGGAGAGAGAAUUUGACUCAAAGAUUCUCGGAUGUUGGCUUUCUUCUGUACUGAUAUGUACAUUGUUUGUUGUCCUUUACUACUGUAAACAAUAAAUAUAGUUUGGUACUCAAA